AUGUAUGCUUCCAAUGAAGAUGAUUAUGCAUUUCUAACAUGUAUAAAUGAUGAUAUAGUACAAGAGACUACUGAUAAGCAUAACAGUAGUCAAAUUAAAAAUAGACAAAAAAAAAUCAAUAAUGAAGUCAAAGUAGAUUAUCGUAAUCAAACCACUUUUACCGUGAUUAAUUUUGUUUUAUUUAACUUAGUGAUUCACUUGAAUCCUUUUGAAAUGACUCAAUUUGACCAUGAGAUAUCGAUCAUAUUGUAUUGA